AUGGGCGUGCUCAAUCUGAAAAGACAUGUAGCUCGACACAUCUCCCAAGAGUCUAGAGAGAUGUUUGCUAUUGCUGCACAAUCAAAAGAUACGCCAGGCCAUUCUCAUACCUUCUUGCACUGUGAGUUGGCUCUCUCUCGUGCGAGUGUUGCAGUCGAAGGCCUGAAGUUCGGGGCGUCUUGA